AUGCUGCCCAAGAGCAUUCCCAGUAGCUAUAUGGGAAAAUAUGGCUACGUGAAGUACUUCCUUAAAGCUUACCUGACAUCUAACUCUGAAGAGACAGAGAAGGAUAAAAUAGAAUUCAACGUAUUCUCUCCCAUCCGCCUGAAAUUGUCAGAUAUGUCACUGAAAGUUAUAGCGAAGGUAUCUCCACCGCUUCGUCGAUUUCGGACUUUGUGUCAAUUGCUGACGGAAGCUAAAGGCCCUGAGCUCCGUCACUACAGGACAAAGAAAUAUUCGUUACAGUUGAAGAUACCAGACUCCGCCGAAAUUCCGAAUUUUCAGAACUGUACUCUUUUGACGCGGAAAGAAAUUUUGCAGGUCACAGCGAUAUUUGGGGAUUCUACAAAGUCUAAAUUAACAACAAAAGUUGAGUUAAUUAUCGGACACUAUUCAGAUGAAGGAGUCUCUAAAUAUACGCAAGAUUCUGUGAAAAUUUGCCCACUCCCUUACGGUAUCAUGAGCAAUCCCUCUACUGAUGCUUCAAAAAUGAUUUUUCCGGACCUACCGACACGAGUGCCAGUGUUAUAUCCUCCAGUUCAUAGCAGCCCCAGAAGCUCAAGCCAACAGCUUAAUAACCACCCAAAACUAGUACCGCCUUACCCAACAGAACAAUUCUUCGAUGCUGAACAGAUACUAGCAUCUGAAGCAAAGAGAUCUUCCCCACACCUUCCAAGAGAAAAAAAUCUGCCAUACCCCCUAAGCGAUUACUGUCCUUACCCCAAAGAAGAUAACCCGCAAUUUACUGCUGAGAAAACAUCGGUGCCCGAGGCAACGAAAUCUCCUCCAUACCCUCUAAGAGGUGACUGUCCUUACCCCAAAGAAGGUAACCUUUCAUCUAACGUUGAAAAGGAACUAAUACCAGAAGCAAAUGAAAGAAAUCUUCCUUACCCCCGAAGCGAUGUCUGUCCCUAUCCCAAACACGAUAACCUUCCAUCUAGUGUUGAAGAAGUACUGAUUCCAGAUGCAAAAACCCUUCCCUACCCUUCAAAAGAAGGAAAUCUGCCUUACCCACCAGAUAGUUACUGUCCUUAUCCCAAAGAAGAUAAGCCCUCAUCUUCAUCAUACGAAAAGGAACUAAUACCAGAAGCAAAUGAAAUAAAUCUUCCUUACCCCCGAAGCGAUGUCUGUCCUUAUCCCAAACACGAUAACCUUCCAUCUAGUGUUGAAGAAGUACUGAAUACAGAUGCAAAAACCCUUCCCUACUCUUCAAAAGAAGGAAAUCUGCCUUACCCACCAGAUAGUUACUGUCCUUAUCCCAAAGAAGAUAAGCCCUCAUCUUCAUCAUACGAAAAGGAACUAAUACCAGAAGCAAAUGAUAGAAAUCUUCCUUACCCCCGAAGCUAUGUCUGUCCUUAUCCCAAACACGAUAACCUUCCGUCUAGUGUUGAAGAAGUACUGAUUACAGAUGCAAAAAUCCUUCCCUACUCUUCAAAUGAAGGAAAUCUGCCUUACCCACCAGAUAGUUACUGUCCUUAUCCCAUAGAAGAUAAGCCCUCAUCUUCAUCAUACGAAAAGGAACUAAUACCAGAAGCAAUUGAAAUAAAUCUUCCUUACCCCCGAAGCGAUGUCUGUCCUUAUCCCAAACAAGAUAACCUUCCAUCUAGUGUUGAAGAAGUACUGAUUACAGAUGCAAAAACCCUUCCCUACUUUUCAAAGGAAGGAAAUCUGCCUUACCCACCAGAUAGUUACUGUCCUUAUCCCAAAGAAGAUAAGCCCUCAUCUUCGUCAUACCCCAGUGGAAGCACCUGCCCUUAUCCAACAGAGAAAAGUCAAACUUCUUCAACAGUUGGUGAUCCUCCUUACCUUAAAAAAAAAUUUAAUGAUGACAGGUUAGUCGACAUGUCUCGUUCUAAUGAGAAAACUUAUCCUUAUCGGACGGAAAUAAAAUUCCAAGUAAGUCCUUUAUAUUCGAAGAAGGGUACUCAAUGGUAUAAUAAAAUAAAAGUGCCUUCAAGUUCAAUUCGUACUUCAUUCGAAGAAAAUUCUCUGCCCUAUCCAAGGGAAAUCGAGGAGAAAACGCCGUUACUACACGAGUCAAUUAGUGAUGCCUCAGAAUUACCUCAAAAAAUGUCUAUGCCUUCUUUGCCUUCACAAUCUAUUGGUUCGUUUGAAGGAGACGGUCUUCCUUAUCCGAGCAAAAUGCAGCCUCCUUAUCCCAUUACCGAUACCUCAAACGUUACCGAAUUUUCUUCCCCUGCGUUUGGAAACAUUGCCCCAUACCCACCAGAAAAGCCAGCUCCUCACUCGACUGUUGGGUUCGCAGAAUUCACGCCCAUGCCAAUGCCUACAGACCAAUCUUCUAUCCCUUGCGGAUCGAUCGGAUUCGCAGUGCCGACGACUCUUUCAAAGAACCCUUUGAAAGAACACGCACAGCCUUCAGCUCCUCAACUGUCUGACAUUAAAUCUCCCCCGAUAGCGAAAAUAGAAGAGAUUGAAGAUCUACUCUUCAUAGAUUCGAAUGAGGACGAUGCUGAAAUAACAGAUGAGGAAAGGGAACGCGUUACUCAGCCGAAACAAAGCUCUUCUAGGUCUGUCGCAGCACCAGCGUCUUAUGGAGAAGCUUGCCAAUCGCCGAAGAGGAAGAAGAAAGAUCGAGUGAAGAAACAGGUGGCGUUGGCCUCCUAUAGAAGUUUAUUCCUGGUAUAA